CCCACACACACGCACACAUAUUUUCACAAAAUUAUACGGACGGAGGAUUUUGCAGAAGAUUUUCAUCAUUUUCCCUAGGAAAAAUGAGUGAUUUCUCGACUUGGUACAACCAGGUGCCGCCCUUUACGCGCAUCUGGUUGUCCGCUACCGUAGGAUUAUCGCUGGUGGCCAAGUUCGGUAUUAUACCGUUGGAAUAUCUUAUCCUUCAGUACUCACCGCUGCUCUACAAACUCCAGCUAUGGAGACCAGUAACGGCCGUCUUAUUCUACCCGCUGAAUCCCGGAACCGGAUUUCACUUCAUGAUGAAUUGCUAUUUCCUCUAUAAUUACUCGCUUCGGCUGGAGUCAGAUCAUUACAAGCAAAAGCCGGGCGAUUACUUUUACAUGCUGUUCUUCAACUGGUUCCUGUGCGUUAUCAUCGGACUUUUGAUUGACCUUCCAAUUCUGAUGGAUCCGAUGGUUCUAUCGGUGCUGUACGUGUGGUGCAAACUGAACAAAGAUGUGAUCGUCAACUUCUGGUUCGGUACUCGGUUUAAGGCCAUGUAUCUACCGUGGGUACUGCUCGGAAUGAACAUGAUUCUCUCGUCGGGAAGCAUAUUUUCGCUGCUAGGCAUUCUGGUCGGUCACGCUUACUACUUCCUGAAGUUCAUCUAUCCUUCUGAGCUCGGCGGUCCGGCGCUCAUCGAAACGCCCUUCUUCAUUAAACGCUAUUUUCCGGAUGUUCACGGUGGCACGCAUGGAUUCGGUGUACCGCCGGUCGGCCAGCGUCCAGUCCAGCAGCAACAGGCUGCUGCCCGACACGCUUGGGGCCGAGGACAUACGUUGGGCCGUGACUGAACUACGGGUUAGUGCAUAUUCGUUCGAUUGUAAAUACGUGCACGGGAAUGGCUCCAUGCAUCCCGAUUGUAAUCGUCAUCCUCUACACUUCAGCUCUGGCGCGUCCAUCGGCCUACGAUGAUUUGCCACCGCGCUGGUAAUGGUAAAAAGGGAGAAAACAUGUAACACAAUGACUGGGGGAAAGGCGUGUUUUUCUAAAACAAAGAAUAUUUAAUCUUAAUCUAGA